AAACACUGUCAAAUGAAAAUGAAGUAAGUAGUAAUGUCCAAACAUGUUUUGAUUUACAUAAUAUUAGCGUUAUCUAUUUAUAUACGUGAUAAGAAUAUCUCACAUUAUUACCCGGUGCUGUUGGAAUCAUUCUAGAAACGUUCGAAACAUGAACUUCGCUGGAAAAGUAGUAAUUGUUACCGGCGCCAGUUCUGGAAUUGGCGCCGCUACUGCAGUGUUUUUAUCAAAGCUUGGUGCACAAUUAUCUUUAACUGGAAGAAAUGUGGACAAUCUGCAAAAAGUCAAUAAGGAUUGUGAGAAGUCAACAUCUACUUUUAUGGUCCCGGCAGAUUUGACAAAGGAAUCCGAUAUUGAAAAGAUCGUUAAGAACACCGUAGAUCACUAUGGAAAAAUCGACGUUUUGAUAAACAAUGCGGGAAUUAUUGAAACGGGAACCAUUGAAAAUACAUCUCUAGCGCAGUAUGACCGCCUAAUGAACACCAACGUCCGAUCAAUUUACUACUUGACAAUGUUGGCUGUGCCACACUUGUUAAAAACUAAAGGUAACAUUGUUAACGUGUCUAGCGUGAACGGUAUACGGUCUUUUCCCGGCGUGUUAGCGUAUAACGUGUCGAAAGCAUCUGUGGAUCAGUUUACAAGAUGUGUUGCAUUGGAGCUAGCUGCCAAGGGUGUUAGGGUGAAUUGUGUGAACCCUGGUGUUAUUCUCACUGAAUUACAGCGUCGUGGAGGGUUAUCUGAUGAGCAAUACGCAGCUUUCUUAGAGAGAAGUAAGGAGACACACGCUUUGGGCCGUCCUGGCAAGCCUGAUGAAGUUGCAGCUACAAUAGCAUUUUUGGCCAGUGAUUUAGCUAGCAAUAUCACUGGAGCAAGUGUGCCUGUUGAUGGGGGACGCCAUGCUAUGUGCCCACGUUAAUUUUUAUUUCCAGUCUACAUUUUGAUGAAUUUGUCUGACUUUGUUUGAAAAAUAGAUCUAAGUAUAAUGAAUUUGUAUUUGAUAAGAUGCAUUUACUGCUGUUAUUUUUGGAUAAAUUUAAAGAAUUAAAAUUGUUGAAGUUUGAA